CUUCGUCGUGUCCUGCUGAGUCUUACCUGUUCCCUCAGGCUGGUGCGUUUACGUGAAAUACUGAUAAUACUGUGGUUAAGUUCAGUUUAAUUAUGUAUUUCUGUUUCAAACCAAGUGCCUUUAGUGGCCUGGCUGUCUUGUACGGACUCAGCGGGCUGUUGGUUUCUGUUUCGGGGGAGAAGGUGCUAGAGAGUCGGCCCGGGAUGAUCCAGGAACUGCGGACAGCCCUGGCGGACCUGGCCGGGGAGGGAAGGACUUACCUGGGCAGACUGGCAGGGGAGCAGACGGUGCUGUCGGUGCAGAAGGCUUUCUCUCAGGUUCUGGGUGUUGUAGCUCAAAGUGUGGCGAGUGGCCUGAAUGUGCUCUUACAGUACAUUGCACACUUUUUGCAAGCAGCCGGAUUCCAAGUGGGUUCCCCCGUCAGAGUUACGUCCAGUGGGGUGGUCUUUGUUGUCCAGUGGAUCCUCGUCGCCCUCAUCUGCUACUGGCUCAUCUCCCUCACCUUCCAACUGGUCGCUUCCACCCUGCGGCGGGCGCUGUGGCUGCUGAAAAUAGGUGUGGCUUUAGCCUGUUUCGCUCUCAUCCUGCGGGACCACAGUGUCGGCACGGAGACCAUGGCCGUCCGUUUGGGCGUCCUGGUGUGUGUCUGUGUCCUGUUGGGUGUUGGGACAUGGGAUGGACCCGGUGUGGCUGAUAAAACCGCCCACCUGGAGGAGCAGGUGAAAACUCUGGAGAGACGCUUAAGAGAGAUGGAGCACUGGAGGAGGACGGACGAGUGACGGACGGACCUACUCUACUGCCUUUACACUCUUUUUUUUAUAUUAAGUCAAAUUAUGGACUUUUUGAGGACUAGUCUCAAACUUUUAUUAGAUGUUAUGUUAAAACUAGGGAUGCACCAAUGUUUAAAAUAACUGCCUGGCUGAUAGGUGAUGACUAUACUAAUGUUUUUGAUGUUGUCUGUUCCCCUUUUUGUGCAGGGAAAACAAAGAAAUCAGUUUAAAAGUCUUUCAGCUCAUCACGCUACUGUUGAAAGACUCAGAAAGAUUCAGCCUAAUUUCAGAAACAAGCUGCAGUGUUUGACAGUUUUUUAGCCUCACUGGACAAAAUUUCCACAUCUGUUUCAGCAAAUUGUAAUUCAAGUGGUCUUAGAGGGUCUUCAAAGGCUGGACUUUUACACAGUGAACCUGCAUUCCGGAAUCAAAGGGGCAGUGAUGCAGUUGGGCGUAUAGUGCGCAUAUGGACACACUGGCAUGGAUUAGGGUGGAUGAUGCGGCUUUCUGCCACGGGGGAAAUUGGCAUGUAGCUGUGGCACCCGCAACACCCCUGGCAUGAAGCCGUGGGCAGCUGCCGCAGAAUCCGUGCCAGUGCCUCCAGAUGCACUCGCUGUCUCUCAGGCGCUGGGGUCCCCGUCAUCAAAACAUCACACCUUGGUUGCAGAACAAGAGGUGUUCCUUUUACAUGCGUUCCAGAAUCAUGAUUCCACCUUUAUCAUGGCUCUGUUACUACCUCCAGAGGUGUUACAAAGCCGUGAUAAAGGUGAGACCAAAUUUUACACCAUUUUGUUUAUGCAGACGUCGUUCCGGAAUAAAGGCAAAAUAUUCCCGUAACAGAAGUGCUGUGUAAAAAGGCCUCAUGAUUAUAUUAAAUGUUCUAACUCUAAAACUUCUAAAAUAUUUUUUUUGUGUUCUAACUAAAUAAUAAUUUUCUACCAUAACUAUCUACUUUCUUCACAUCUCACUUAGGAAGAAAACUCUCCCAAUAAACUUUAAGGAAACAUUGAAAUAUUA